UCCUCUCCUUCCCCCCCCCCCCCCCUCCGCCUCCUCGUCUCCCUCCCGCUCCUGGGAAAGCGAAGCCGUCGCUUUAAGGGUGGCUGUGAGAAUCACUCGGCGUCUCGGGGAGGGGACCGCGCCCGCCCCCUUGGAACCUCGGAGUGCGGCCGAUACAGGUUACAAAAUGUCCACCUGUGCUUGAGAUCUACAGACUACAUGUUCUUCAAGAACUAAGCCGUGGUUUUUUAUCUUCUGGAAGUACACAUAAGCAUAAAUAUGAUGCCAAAACUCAUUUUCAUUCUCUGACUGCAGUUGAUUUGGACAUACUUCUGUGUUGAAGAGAAGUAUACACACUGAGGACAUUCAUUGUUCAGAGACUGUCUUGUAGGAUCAUGGACCAUUCUAACAGGGAGAAAGAUGACAGACAACGGACAACUAAAACCAUGGCACAAAGGAAUACACACUGUUCCCGACCAUCUGGCACCUCAGCAUCCUCUGGAGUUCUCAUGGUGGGACCCAACUUCAGGGUUGGCAAGAAGAUAGGGUGUGGGAACUUCGGAGAGCUCAGAUUAGGUAAAAAUCUCUACACCAAUGAAUAUGUAGCCAUUAAACUGGAACCAAUAAAAUCACGUGCUCCACAACUUCAUUUAGAGUACAGGUUUUAUAAACAGCUUGGCAGUGCAGGUGUACAACUCUACUCAGUUUUACCCAGUGCUCUUAAAAUAACUGGAGUGUAUGUUGUUUUAAUAUUCUUCUCUGCAGCUAGCAAGUGGCCAGACUUUUCCAUGAUGAGGAAAACUUUGGUGAAGACUCUGGAGUUGCCUGUUCAAGUGGCUACACCAAACCACAGCUGGAGAGAUGGCUCAGUUAGUAAAGGGCUUGCCAUGGAAGAAGAAGUGAAGUCUGAUUUCCAGAACCCACAAAAGAAGUCCAGAAAAGCUGGGAGCGGCCUUGCAGGUACCAGUAACCCCAGCGUGAUUGGGAGUAGAGCAGGAGGAGAUUGCUCGGACUUGCUGGCUGCCGGCGUAGCUCCAGAGAGUAUGGUCGUGAGGGUGAAUGGCCCACAGAGGCUCAUGUGUUUGACGACUUCAUCCCCAGUUAAUGAAGCUUUGGGGGAAGGAUUGGGACAUAAGACUGGCUUUGUUGGAGGAGUUCUAAAGGCCAAGAGCCUAUCAUGUGCCAGCAAGAUCGGAUCCAUUCUCAGGUCCAGAGGGAGAAUCAAUUUCCCACCUCUCUCAGAGCCUCUGGUGGCUGCUGCAAGAUUUGUGAUCCAGGACUCAGGGAACUUUCUCCAGGGGAUCAUUGAGAUAAAAACUAAGGCUAAAACACGAACACAGAGGCACCGUUUUAUCUGGAAGGAAAUCGGAGCCAAACCGUCAGGAAGCAAGCAGUCAGGCUGGGUGGACACGGAGGGGCCAAAGCUUUCUCGAAUGGAGUAUGUACACUCAAAGAAUCUCAUUUACCGAGAUGUGAAACCAGAGAACUUCUUGAUUGGCCGACAAGGCAAUAAGAAAGAACAUGUAAUACACAUAAUAGAUUUUGGACUGGCCAAGGAAUACAUUGAUCCUGAAACCAAAAAACACAUACCUUACAGAGAGCACAAAAGCUUAACUGGAACUGCACGAUACAUGUCUAUCAACACGCAUCUCGGCAAAGAGCAAAGCCGGCGAGAUGAUUUGGAAGCCCUAGGCCAUAUGUUCAUGUACUUCCUCCGCGGCAGCCUACCCUGGCAAGGACUCAAGGCUGAUACAUUAAAAGAGAGAUAUCAAAAAAUUGGUGAUACCAAAAGGAAUACUCCCAUCGAAGCUCUCUGUGAGAACUUUCCAGAGGAGAUGGCAACCUACCUUCGGUAUGUCAGGCGGUUAGAUUUCUUUGAAAAACCUGAUUAUGAGUAUUUACGGACCCUCUUCACAGAUCUGUUUGAACGGAAAGGCUACACCUUUGACUAUGCCUAUGAUUGGGUUGGAAGGCCUAUUCCUACUCCAGUAGGAUCAGUUCAUGUAGAUUCUGGUGCAUCUGCAAUAACUCGAGAAAGCCACACACACAGGGAUCGGCCAUCACAACAGCCUCUUCGAAAUCAGACUGCAUCAUCAGAGCGCCGAGGAGAGUGGGAAAUCCAGCCCAGCCGGCAGACCAAUACCUCUUACCUGACGUCUCACUUGGCCGCAGACCGCCAUGGGGGUUCAGUACAGGUGGUUAGCUCAACCAAUGGAGAGCUGAAUGUUGAUGACCCCACUGGAGCUCACUCAAAUGCACCAAUCACAGCUCAUGCCGAGGUGGAGGUAGUGGAGGAAGCUAAGUGCUGCUGUUUCUUUAAGAGGAAAAGGAAGAAGACUGCUCAGCGACACAAGUGACCAGUGCCUCCCAGGAGUCCUCAAGUCCUGGGGACUCUGGCUCCAAUUGCACCUGCAGCUCCUGCCAUUUCUCAUUGGAAGGGACUCCUCUGUGGGGGAGGGUGGAGAUCCAAACCAAAAAGAAGAAAACAGAUGCCCCCAGAAGGAGCCAGUGCAGGCAGCCAGGGCCCAGUGGGCCAGUGGCAAUCCUUCUGUCUGAGCUCUGAGCCGGUCCAGAGCUGCUGCUUCUCCACUGCUUGCCCUUGGGCUAUCUGGUUGACUCUCUUCCCAUUGUUUACAGUGAAGGUGUCAUUCACAAAAACUCAAGGACUACUAUUCUCCUCCCUCCUCUUCCUUUACUCCUGGCUCUUACACCACCCUCAACCCUCUCCAGCAUAAAAACUACUAAGCUAAAGGCUCUUUCAAGAAGCUGGUGGUGUGGCCAAGAAGGUAGGAGGAAGAUGACAACCCUGGGCUGGAGGACUUCUCCACUUCCCAGAUGUGUCUAGUAGGAUGACUUCCUUUCCCUCUGUGCCUGGGUGACUCCAUCCCAGCUGGCCACAGGGUUCAGGUCCUUCCCUCUGUCCCUCCCUUCCUCCCCGCUCCUGUGAAGUUACACUGUAGGACACAAGCUGUGAGGGUCUGCAGUCUACUGUCCCUGUGUGUGGACGUUGUUAGCUUUUUUGAUAAGCAACUCCCUUGCUCCGACUGUAGCAAAACACCUGUGGUUCUGAGCAAAGGAAAGGAAACUGACUUUAUUGCACUUUUAGUUUUGGGGGGUUUUGUUUUUGUUUUAUAAACAACAUGGCAGAUGCAUAUUGUGUCUGGUUAUAUUGGUUGGGGGUGCUUUUUUUCUGUUUCAAGGGGGAUGGGCCAGCCAAGCCAUUCAGAGAAAAUGUGGGUCCAGAGGACAUUCUUGAGGAAAGAGUGAUUUGCAGCCCUUGGAAGAGAAGAAGCCAAACUCUGUCACCCUGAGUGAAUUCUCAGGUUGGGCAAGGAAACAUACUUGAAUUUUCAUUCAUCUUCUCCACUGCAGAGAAAAGUCCCCACCAGAGCCCCUUGACCUAAUCAGCCUAGAGCUUGAAAGCCCUGCUCCUGAGCACUUGGGAUGAGCACCAAGCCAGACUGUGACCAACCAGGAAGGCACCUCAUCUCAGGGAGGAGAUACUUAACAACAAAGCAAAAUUUCGGUUUCCUCCACUGCCAGGAACUUCCUACUAGAUAGCCAUGUGACUUUCUUUUGACUUGGGGGACAUUAGUGACUAAGCAGCCACCACUGCAUUGCCAGUAGUGGAUGACAGAGGGCAGCAAAUCUGCCUUCCAGCUGCCAGAGGAGCCUCAGGGUGCAGCAUCCUGAGGCCAGGGAAAGACAUCAGAGUUAGAGCCUCUAGACUGGUCUGCCUUAGAAAUCAAGCCUGUGGUGAUCUUGGAGCAGGUCCAUAGCAGCAGGCUUAGAACUUGGUACAUGGGGCUGCAGGAAGCAGGGAAGGUAAGAUUGGUUGGUGCUGGGAAAUUCCAGGGAAAAUGAAUCUGUAAUGAAAGGUCUAAAAUUCUGUCUUAGCAAUUGAACAGAGACUCUUUCCAGAUAAUAUGACCGUAUUAGCAUGUGUUCCCCGGUACACUUGGUACCGCCACAAUGGCAUCUUCACUGGACAUGCCACCAUGCCGCAUCACUGGCCGCAUAAAUAGUGUGGGGGAUACUCUUCUCAUGUUCUGUUUUCAUUUUGGUGACAUUUCCAAGGAUUAUUCACGUGAUCAAAGAGGUCUUAUAUCUGGGUGUAAAGAGCUGCCUGCAUAGGGCAGCGACGAGUGACUUAGUGCAGUGCAGAACUCUGCUUGUAUAUGUAGAAGACUGGAGGAUGUCAGGACUCUGUGGUCAUGUAUCAAAUGAAGCAGAGUUUAUGCGCCUUGCCUGUUCUGUUGGGCCUUGGCUAGGGAACCUCUCUCUUUACUGGCUUCAGACCUGCUCAGCCUUUGUAAAGAUUGCCACUCAGUCAUUUAUUUACUCUCCAUGAAGCAGAGUAGCAGGGAGAAGUCUGGUCAACCCUUCCUCUAAGGGAUGUGAGUGUUAGGAUUUGCUUCCUUCUUAUGUAGUGGUUAAAGCUCAUCACUAAAAUUUACAUAGUUCCUCAUUUGGCAUGUGGACAACUCUGACUUCCCCUACAGAAACUUAAAAAUCCUCAUACCAGGAAAUGGUGGCAAGGCCUAGAGCAUCCUGGCACUCUCUGUCCCACUAAGUGCCUCCCAAACCCUGCCUCCACAGUAAAGCAAAAGGCAGUGAUGAGUUUAGCUGCAGGGUAGAAUGCUCUGCAGCUGGGCCUAAGACUUCUUUUUUGUCUUAACAUAUUUUUAUAGGCUAGCUCUUGAGAGGUUGGACCUGAGUGGUUUGUGGGAGUGGGGAAGGGUCCUCCCUAAUGCACUGUUGGCACCCUCCAGCCCCACAAAUCCCUUCCUUUCUAGAUAUUUGGGUUUUGUAACAUAGGUCCCUUUAACUUGCAGGGCAGCGGUGAUCCUUUCAAGGCCAUAGACACUCCAAGACGGUCCCAAAGCUGGGCAGUUCUCUUACUAUCUUCCUUAAAUUUUUAAUUCUGAAUUCUUCAGAAAAACUGCACAUCUGUUACAACCCCACCAGCACAUCAGGCUCCUUACCCAUCCCUGUUUCUGUCAGUUGCCUGGCUGCAAGCUCAGCCAGAUCCUAGGGCGCAGGUGCUCCCUCCCAUCUUCCCUCAUCAAAGUCCACUGUUCCAACUCAGUUGUGAGACCUAAGGAUGGUUUACUUUAGGACUGAUGCAUUUACUUCCUCUUAAGACUAACUCAUCUGUUCCAGAGAUGGGCAUUUGAUGCUGUACUAUUUGGACUUUCCUCCAGCUUUGCUAUCCUUGAGGCAUUGCAACCUGAGCAGACUUGGGUACAAGAAGGCCAGCGGUUACACCAAGGUGUCUUUGAAGUGACUAGUCAUACAAGUGGAUCUUCAGAGUUCUCACUCCAGACUGCCCACAAGGCUGCGCUGAAUGUGCCAGCACCUAGUGAGCACUCAUGUCUGCCUUAAUUAACAUUCUUCUAUUUUGGGUCUGUCUAGGAGCAAACAGGGUCUGUAAAGGUAACUGCGUAAGUCUCCAGUUAAAAGUCCCAUUUCAAUUGAAACGAACUAUGUGAGACAACAAGGAUCCUAAGGUUCCUGAAAGUGUUAGUUUCAUUUUCAUUUUUAGUGAAUGACAAGAACUCAGAAACAGCCCGUGUCCAUUAGCCAGAUGGUGUCCAUCUUCUGUAAAGUAACUUCCAGUUUAGUUCAGAGGAAAAGUAUGCUAUAGUGCUUAUUUAGUGUUGAUAUCCAAUGUUAGCAACCACUUGUAACGUCAGCCAUGGUAAUGUUAUGUUAAAGUGGUUACUAAGGAUCAUAGCCUUAAUUUUAAAAAUAAUGUAAAAGAUAAUUCAUUCACCUCCAUAGUGAGCAAGCAUGGCUGCAUUUCUCAGUAACUUCCUCAGAAGCCUAGGAAGCAUCUCCUCAAAGGAACUUGUUCUCUAUCUUCCAGUGCAUCCCUUCCAAGCCCACAUGACUCCUGUGUCCCAGUCGCCUCUUCCAAGUUUCAUACUGAAACCAGUUUUCCAUUCCUGUUUAGUUGCCCUGAUAAUGCUUUGUCCAGUGUCAGUCAUGCCAGGGCUUGAGUUUUUAAGACCAGGAGUUUGCAUGGUCAUACAACCAACAUUGCCUUUGCCAAGCCACUGCCACCAUCUGUUCCAUUGCCCCAAGUGGGUAGGUUGAUUCCAGAGACCCUCAGGGAGCCAGGAUAAUUAGGUACCCAUCUGGAUUGGCCAUGUGGGUAACAAGCACUUAUCUCUGGGUUUCUUGGUUUUGCAGACUUCAAGGAAGUCCCAUGUCGAUGUUGAUAGCCAAUGACUCCAGCCUUCCCCAUAAUGGGUUGGUAGGAAUCAAAUAAGAAUUCCUUUGUUUGUUGGGGGAAUUUGUUUUAAGGGGGUUAGUUUUUAAGUAUGGAAAAGAAGAGGCCACUAUGGUCCUUCUGUGAGUGUGUAGUUUUGAGCAGUGUUUUCAUCCCCGGUCUUGGGAGUCUCUGAGGGAGUCUUAAGGUGUUUGUCCUACUCCUUUUGCAGGUAACUAAGUACAGAAGAAUAGAGUUCUUAUCGUAUCAAAAUAGUAAGUAGAUCCCUGAAUAUAGGCAAUAGUAGUUGACAUAGUUUCUCAAUAAACCAACCAGGAAACCCACUCCAGUAUUUACAGAUCAGCUUAUCAAGGGGGAAAAAGUGAACAUGUACUCCGUAUAUCUCUAGUUCAGUUACCAAACUUGAUGUUAUAAAGAAGCCUCAGUUGUGUGGACAGGUUCUCUCCCCUGCCUUCCUUCCCUCCUAUAUUCUCCCCUUGCCCCUACCAUCACAGUCAUUUUUCUGGUGCCAUCACCACCUCUAAGGUCUCAGAGCAGAAGAUUAUCUUUGGUAAUAAGCCAGAGUGCAUUGCUGUCAUCCUAGCCACACAGACAACUGCCAUCUUGACUAAUCCAAACCCACCUUUCAGGGUAGGUGAAGCUUUUCGGUACUCCUCUUCAGGAGCUCCAGACCAAAUCCCAGGCCAGCCCAUGCACCAAAGCCUCUUAGAAGGCUUACCAAUCUGUUAGGAAUGUCUCAGGAAACAUGAGCCAUUUCUUGGGGGAUAUGUAUUUACAGAUGGAUAUGUGUGCCCGUCUGUGUGUUUUACUCUCAGACAGCACGGGCUCCUGGGAACCGUUCCUCAGUGUUCUCAGAGACAGUGUGAUCUGUGAGCAAGCUAGCUCUGGGAAGGAGCUCUGUUUAUCAAGCAGAGAACAGCAGAAAAGAUGAAACCAAAAAUCCUAUAACCCUCCAAUGGAAAGUAAUGUUGAUGCAGCAAUUCCCAUUGGAUAUAUUACACUCUCUAAUUUAUUAUUUGUCUUUUUUUAAGUUUUACCCAUUGUACUCUUUAAAAGAUGUUGGGAUGUUGGUUGCCAUUUUUUUAAAGUUGAGGAUGUAUAAAUCAGCUGUGGAAAUCAGUUUUAAUUCAUGUGUGGAUAUGUCUAGUUAUUGUUAAAUGUCUUUUCUACUUUUUUUAAGAUAUGUAAUGUUUCAUAAACCCUGGCACUGGUCAAAAAAAAAAAAACCGCAGCUGUGAAAAUGAAACUUGUAGUAUUUUUAAAUGAAUGUCGAUUUUAAGUGUAUUUGAAAUGUUUCCUCCAAUAGAGAGAUUUGGACACCAUUGGGGAAAACUCCUCUACAGAGGAAAUAGCCUUUGGAGAAAAUGGGAUGUGGGUCUGGAUAUGUUCUCUCAGAGUAGCCCAUUUCAGAGGGCACCAUGGACAACACAAAUGUGAUCUUUAAAUAUAUCUCUUCCCCAGUUUGGGGAGGAAAGUACUCAGUUUGCACCCUUUUUGUAUGUAAAAUAAAAUGUCCUACCUUUCUUGGCUA